UUACAUCUUUAGUCUCCAUCUACUGUUAUCUUUUUAAGGUUUAAAUUUUAACCCUGAAUAGGGUGAAAUAAUUCUUUCGUGACGGUCCCGUACAUCGAAUUCCGGAUGUUCAUUUCACAGUUUUGACCAACCCAUUCUAUAUUCCUUCGCGAUUCUCGGGACGAUGCGGCUCAGUCUGGUAAGAUGUAUUGGCACUACCUCAAAAAUUUGGAAGAACCAUUAUGAAGUGUUGGAAGUGUCAACCCAGGCGACCCAGGCCCAAAUAAAGGCCGCCUAUUACAGGCUGAGCCUUAUAUACCAUCCGGAUAGAAACGAGGGCAACUCCGCCAAAUUCCAUGCCAUAACGGCUGCCUACGAGGUUCUUGGUAACUAUAACUCGAGAAAGCUUUACGACAGAGGGCUGACCACGAUAUACGAAGGGACGGCUGAUGCCAGUGCUAAAUCCGAGCCAUUCAAGGACAAGUAUCGAAUGCCGACAGCAUCUGGGCGUACUGUAGUUUACGAUUAUGACGAGUGGACCCGUGCGCACUAUGGUCACAAUUUUGCUAGAAGGAACGCUGCCAAGGAACGCUAUGAAUGGAUACACAAAAGUAAAGCUAAGCACACGGAAUUCAAAAAGAUCCAAAACGUAGUUUUCGUCUUUGUAACAUUUUUCAUUUUGAUCACUUUUGCCAGUCAAUAUCGAGAAAAUUUAGAUGUUCCAAUCAAAACACAAGAUUCAGAUAAAUCCUCAAAACCGUGACAUCACUGACAAAAUUGUUCUUCUUAUAACAUUUAGAAGACUGUGAUAUAUAAUAAAAAUGUUUCUGAUUUGUUAAGUUUAA